AUGUUGAAAGCGAUUCGGAUUGGUCACCGGAAAACGGUGAAAUGUCAGAUGAAAAUGAAUCUGAUGAAGAUGGCUGUGAUAUGGAUGCCGAACAAAAAUCUGGGCGGAUUACUAACGCAAUCACCAAGAAAGCGAAGGCAUCGCGAAUGGCGCGGUCUCAAUCAAAUGAAGCGCCAAGCGGAAAUGCGGUGCACACGGCGGAUCACGCGAUUGGUCCCCAGGGAGAGGAAGCAGUGUCUUUUCUGUCCCGAUCAGGUCUUUGUAUUGCCGGUACAUUAUAAAAAGAAUCACCCGGAAUACCGGGAAAUUGUCUCUAAAGAUUGGCAGUUUGACUGCCAGCAGUGCCAAAUGAAGUUCCAUUCCAAGAUUCACUUGGACGCCCAUAUGCGGAUUCAUAACAAACAUAAAUGCGUAUACUGCGCCCUGCAGUUCGAUAGUAGCCGUGCGCUCAGUGGCCACCUUCAAACGCAUCAGAAAGACGGCGUCUUUCCAUGUCCCAUGUGCGCGCGGACAUUCCCCCUGUUCAAGACGUUCCGGGUACAUUACCAGCGGCAACACGACGUCAAGAGCGUGUUGGUCUGCGAAGUAUGCCAGGUCGUGUGCCGGAAUAGAGUGCGCUUGAAGUUGCACAUGCAGUCGCAUAAUAAGGAUUACCGGCACGCAUGCACCCAGUGCGGGAAACGCUUCCAUGCUGUGCGCUAUCUUCGAGCGCAUGUGCGAUGGGUGCACGAGGGGAAUCUUAAAGAAUACAAGAAGGACUACCUCAAUAAGCGGAAGCAGAAGGAGCAAAAAGGAUUGGUGGAGGCGUACAAGGAUCCCCGGAAGAAAUUGGCCUUCGAGGAUUUCCCCUACAAAUGCCACGAAUGCCAGCUGGGUUACAUGCGACGGAGUACACUGAUGAAUCACGUCAAAGAGAAGCAUCCCGAUAUGGAUCCGCAGAAUGUCCCGCUGUAGAUGCUCGCGAAAGAAUUGUGAUUGUACAGUGCGCGGAUUUGUUUUAAGGGUUAUGCACGUUUAUCUACACCAGAAUCUCCCUUAUGUCACUAUGUUGCACAACGUUUUCGUAUUAACUUUUAAUUUAUUUCAUUUUUGUAUUAACUUUUUGAUUUAUUUAAACAGUUUUUUAUACAAUAUUUAUUAUAUUUAACGGCUGCUGAAGAAACAUUGCCAUGAGGAAGGGUCUUGUUCGAAAUUGUACGCCACGGAAU